AUGGGGAGCAUUCAAGGCACAGCGGAAGGCACCAAAGGGUGGCGGCCUCUCAACAUUGCGAUCGCCGGUGGUGGUGUCGGUGGUAUAGCAGCAGGCAUCUCCCUGCGACGAGCUGGCCACAAGGUUACCGUUUAUGAGAAAUCUGAUUUUGUUGGAGAAGUUGGGGCUUCGAUAUCAUGCGCGGCAAAUGGCACGCGAUGGCUUCACGAGUGGAAUGUCGACAUUGCAAAAGGGGAUGGUGUUGUUCUUCGCAAGCUUAUCAACAGAGACUGGAAAACGGGUGAGCCUGUCAGCGUCUACGACCUUGCUGAUUACGAAGAAAAAUGGGGUUACAUAUACUAUAUGUUCCACCGACAAUAUAUGCACAAAAUGCUGCUCGACUGCGCCACACAAGACGAAGGAGCAGGCCACCCAGUUAAGAUUGUCGUCAAUCAUAAAGUCACAGAAAUUGACUUGGAUACCGGCAAGAUAAGUUUUGAAGGCGGCGAAAGCGCACAGCAUGACGUUGUCAUUGGUGCGGACGGGAUAGGAUCUGUGGUUCGAGGACUAAUCGGCAUUACACCAGACAAGCGUCCCGCAGAUCAGAGCUGCCUCCACGCCAAUGUUGAUACAGCAACAGCAGUGAAACUUGGACUAGUCGAUUACUCACAAGAUGCCGCCCUCGAAUACUGGGGUGGACAUCACACAUACGACAAGAUUGUGCUGUCACCCUGCAACGGCGGAAGUUUGCUAUCAUAUUACUGCUUCUUCCCGAGAGAAAAGGGGGAUUUUGCCAGCCAUAAAUGGGACGAGGAGGCACCACUCAGCGAACUUCUAGAUCCUUAUCCAGAGCUCGAUCGCCAAGUGUUCGAGCAUUUGAAGAUCGGCAAGGAAAUCAAGCCCUGGCGGCUAUGGGUCCACGAGCCAUACGGCUGGUGGCAGCGCGGAGUGGCGUGCGUGAUGGGAGACGCGGCUCAUCCCAUGUUUCCUCAUCAGUCACAGGGAGCUUGUAUGGCCAUCGAAGACGCAGCAUGUCUUGGUCUCGUUUUCAACCAACAGAAUUUCAACGGCGAUAUCCGUGAAGCGUUGCAGACAUAUGAAGAUGUGAGAAAGACAAGAGCGACCAAGGUACAAGCUGCUUCUGCCAGGGCCAGUGUUAACAUCCACGAACGGAUUGGUUUCUCUGACAACACCGACAACCCCCUAUAUAAUGUAAAGGAUGAGCAGAAGAAGUUGACCAUCGAGGAGAUGAACUCUUAUGAUAUGAAGAAGCAUGUCACGGAUGUUCUCGCCUCGAAGAGAACGAAGACGGCAUAG